GAAGUGUGACGCUCUUGAACUGUUCGACAUAAGCAGCACUGGAACGCUCUCGUCUUAACCCCCACCAUUUCGGAUUUCAGGAGCAUGAAACAUUGACAAAGGGGUUGGUGCACGAGGGGGCAGGGGAAAACAGAAAUGAGUAGCUCUGUGUGUGUACGACACUCUAAGCACUGGAACGCGCAAAGCAAUUGUGGAGCACUCCUGAGCUGCUCAGGAGUAACUCAAAUGGGUCACUGGAAAGCACCUAUGAAUUUGCCAAAUGUCAAAAAAAGGCGGGAGACAUCUAACCUUGAAAAAUUGAAAUUUAUUUACAACAAAACUACCAACAAAAAAGCAAAAAUCUGAAAGUGUUUUUCGUUGAUGUUCAGUGGUUAAUUUAUAGUGAUUUUUUUCGUCAAUAAAGAAGUCAACAGGCAACCCAGUUAGCAAGUACAAUGUCCCAAGACACUACCAUUCAAGCCUUGAAUUUGGACAUUGUCCAACAACAGAAUUUCGUGAGAUUUUUCAGAGGUUUACCAGAAAAAGCCGCAUCUACUGUCCGGCUUUUUAAUCGCAGUGAUUACUACACACUGCACGAUGACGAUGCUAAACUGGCUGCAGAUUUCACAUCUAAAAUCGUUAAUUACAUGGGAGAAACCCCAAAGCUCAGUUACCUCUGCAUUAAUAAGCAUCAAAUGGAAAUGUUCGUCAGGGAACUACUUCUAGUAAGACAAUACAGAGUUGAAGUUUAUGUUAAGUCGUCUGGUAAAAGUAAUGAUUGGCAAUUAGAAUAUAAGGGCUCUCCAGGAAAUCUAACUCAAUUUGAACAGAUUUUAUUUGAAAAUGCUUCCAUUAAUUCAUCCAAUUCUGUAAUGGGAAUAAAACCAGGGAAAAAUAAAACUUUGGCGGUAAGCAACAUAAAUACAACAGAUUUAACAUUUGAAGUAUGUGAAUUUACCGAUAAUGAGUGUUUCUCCGAAUUAGAAGCACUUUUAGCUCAAAUAGGACCUAAAGAAUGUAUUAUACCCUCUGGAGACAAUCUUGAGUUGAACACGCUUAAAACAGUCUUGGACAGAAAUGGUGUUUUAGUAGCUCAUGUUAAGAAAUCUGACUUCAAUGCAGAUGAUAUAAUUCAAGAUUUAAACCGCUUGCUUUUCUUUCAAAUGGGACAAGAAAAGAAUGCAACUAUGUUUUCCGAAACCAAUCUGCCAGACGCUAUGGGUGCUUUACAAGCCGUGAUCAAAUUUUUAAAUCUCACUGGUAGUGAAACAAAUUUCAACCAGUAUAGAUUAAAAAAAGUUGAUGCACAAAGGUUUGUAAGAAUAGAUAAUGCUGCUCUGUAUGCUUUAAAUGUUUUGCCAAAACCCAGUUUAAACAGUGAAGGUGCCCCUGUAUUCACUCAAACCCCAAAGACACAUAAUUUACUUGGUAUUUUGAAUUAUUGUGUAACGCCUCAAGGAAGACGGCUUCUGGAGCAAUGGAUAAAACAGCCUUUAAAAGACCACAAUCUUAUUAAUGAAAGAUUGGAUAUUGUGGGAUGUUUCGUAAAAGAUUCAGAAACUCGAAUUUUAAUUACCAAAGAUGCUCUAACAAAGAUACCAGAUUUAAUGAUGCUCUCAAAAAAAUUGUCAGGAAAGAAAGCAAAACUUCAGGAUUGCUACAGACUGUAUCAGGCAAUUGGUUAUUUGCCAACUUUGAUAAAUAUUUUAAGGAAAUUGAAUAAUAACUGUGUUAAGGAUGUGUUUAUCAAUCCACUAGGUGAAUUUGCAAUGGAUAUGGAAAAAUAUCAAAUAAUGAUUGAAACAAUGAUUGAUUUGGAUUUGGUGGAUAGAUGCGAAUUUUUGAUCAAAAGCAACAUUGACUCAGACAUCAAUGAACUCCAGAAAUCCAAGCAAAGCAUAGAAGAAAAAAUGCACAAACUAUUAAGAAAAGCUGCAAACGAUUUAAAUUUGGAGGAAGGGAAGUCAGUGAAGCUGGAAUGUAAUCCUCAACAUGGAUACUUUUUCCGAAUAACUAAGAAAGAAGAACAAGCUUUGCGACAGGCAAAACAAUACAAAAUUAUCGACACUGUUGCUGGCGGAGUCCGUUUCAACACGGAAAAACUAGUCAUGUUGAAUGAAGAAUAUUCAGCAAUAAAUGAAAAAUAUGAGGAAUUACAAAAGGGCAUGGUUGACGAAAUAUUGAAAGUAGCUGCUGGAUAUGCUGAUACGGUUCGCAGCAUAAACAUAAUUUUGGCAUCGCUGGAUGUUUUGAGCUCGUUUGCAACUGCCGCUGUGUCGGCCAAAGUGCCAUAUGUUCGUCCUGUGCUGAAACCAAUUGAGGAACGAGUUCUUGAGUUGAAGAAGGUGAGACACCCUUGCUUAGAACAACAAGACCACCUCGACUUCAUCCCCAACGAUGCCCAUUUCAAUCAAAACAGCAAGACUUUUUACAUUAUCACUGGACCAAAUAUGUGCGGUAAAAGUACUUACAUUAAAUCAAUCGGAGUAUGUGUCUUGAUGGCUCAUAUAGGAUGUUGGGUACCCUGUGAAUAUGCGGAAUUAUCAUUAGUCGACGGUAUAUUGGCCCGAGUAGGCGCAGACGACUGCCAGCUUAAAGGAUUAUCAACUUUUAUGUUGGAAAUGAUAGAAAUUUCCACCAUCAUUACAACCGCUACUAAAAAUUCAUUGGUUAUAGUUGAUGAAUUAGGCAGAGGCACUUCUACAUAUGACGGGUGUGGCAUUGCUUGGGCUAUAGCUGAACACCUAGCCACAUAUGUAAAGUGUUUUUCAUUAUUUGCAACUCAUUUUCAUAAAAUCACUAAACUUGCGGAUACAUGUCCUACAGUUGGCAAUCUACAUGUGUCAGCUGUCACUUCUAAAGAUGCCAUAACACCUUUAUAUCAAGUUAAAGAAGGCGAAUGUGAUAAAAGUUAUGGCAUCCAUUGUGCCAAAAUAGCAGAAUUUCCUUCUGAUGUUUUGGAUUGGGCUUCAAAAAAUUUAAGUGCUCUAGAACAUCAGGAAGAUUUGAAGUUUAUAAAAGAUUUUGAAAUUCCCAUUAAAAAGAAAAUCAUUGAAGAAGGUGAUGAGAUUAUUAAGGAAUCUAUUAAAGAUUUUAAAGCCCAAAUUGCCAAUGGACUUAAUGAAAUUGAGCUUGAACAGUUGUUGAAUGAAAUGAAAAACAAGCUGAAGGAAUCAGAGAAUCUCUUUAUUAAAGGAGUGAUAGAAUGAGUUUUUCUAGACUUAUUAUGUUUUUUUUAUUAAUUGUAAUUAUGUGUUUCUGUUCAAACUUGAACAGCAGGUUUUGUCUGAAAAGAAUGUUUUAUACUUAAUUUGGGUAUUUUGUUUACUCGAAUAGAUUUUAGUUCUGUUUUUAAGGAUCAAGUAGGGACC